AUGAAUCGAACUCGGGAAGCAACCGGGGAAAACCCCAACCUCUCUUCAGAAGUCCAGAGUCCGAAGGAGAAACUUGACGAACAUUCCAAACAGCUGGAGAAGGUGCCGAGAAGCUCAGCCAGUUGCAGUCGGAGAAUACGGUCCUCCGGGAUCAAAACCAAGCCCGCAGUAGGCCAGGCAACAAGAAGCGUCGUUUCAACACCCAGGUUCGUCCUUCGAGAUUACAUAGCCCGCUACAACCAAGAAAAGGUGGCAGUUCCCGAGUGCAGCAUUCCUACCGCGAUCUCUGCCUUCAAAAGGGGCCUGCUUCCAGACGGGGGCCUCUACAAAGAACUAACCAUGUAUCCCUGCAAGACCAUGGAAGACGUGUUAUCCCGGGCCUGGGCGCAAGUGAAGUGGGAAGAAGACGUCGCUAGCCGCUCUAAGGCCGAGCCGAAGCAGAACCAAAAGUCGGCUCGAUCGUAUCAUGGAAAUCGGGAUGAAAGAUCCUCCCAAAGAGCGACCAAGGACUCCGGGAACAGAAACCUGGGCAGGUUCCAGUACCGACCCCUGGAAAAGGAAGAAGGAAUGUCGGUAUCCACUUGGCCCGACAUCUCCCAUCUCUCGAUAUCCACAUCGGAGCUAGUCAAUGUCUUGAGGCAGAUGGGCCAACAGGGGCAUCUCUGGGAAUUCCUCUCAGAAAAAGCCAAGAACCAUCUAAAUAAAGAGGUGCCGGCGAAAUCCUCUGGAGCUAUACCCGCCUCACCACCUCGCCAGGACCGAGUGAUCCAUGUCAUAUCCGGAGGUUCGGAGAUAAGCUGUGUGAGUCAUGCAGCUGCCAAGAAAAGCACCUGCAACACCAAGCACGGCCUGGAGACGACCAAACCAAAGCACUUGCUCCUAGGUACCGGCGAAAUAAGCUUCACGGCUAAGGAGCAAGAGAAGAUCUUGGCUCCCCACCACGAUGCCUUGGUCAUCUCGCUCACCGUAGCAAACUGCUUGGUAAAAAUAAUACUAGUGGACAAUGGUAGCUCCAGCAACAUCAUCUUCCAGACUGCUUACCAGGACCUAGGGCUGGAGGAGAGCACCCUGACGCGCAAAAUAACUCCACUCAUCGGAUUCAGCGGCAAAGUUAAGCAAACAGCUGGAGAGGUCACUCUCCCAGUGUACGCUGAAGGGAUCAACAUGUCUACCAAGUUCCUGGUCGUCGACAGUCAAUAA